AUGUUGUUUCUUGUAUCGUUAAAAUACACACUUGAAGGCCGAAUUGCUCUUUCAUAUAACCAGAUGUGUGACUUCCAUCUCCGCACCUUCCUCAAUCUUGGUCUCAAGCUCGCCUUGAGUGAUUUCCGGCACUUGAGUCCUUCUAUCCUGCCACCAAACGACACCAAUCCAAGCGGCCAGGAGGACGGAGACAACUACCAUGGCAAUGGCACCUUUCCGGAAUCCCUGAGAAAUAAAGGUCAGGUAUAG